GAGGGGCUGCCUGAUAUGGGAUUACUUCUUUUAAGGGAAAUUGUUAUUAAUGAGUCAAGAAACUGCUCAUUUAUGAUAAUUAGCACCAUGGAGCCUCAGGUGUCAAAUGGACCGACAUCCAGUACAAGCAAUGGGCCCUCCAGCAACAACAGAAACUGUCCUUCUCCCAUGCAGACAGGCGCCGCCACAGAUGACAGCAAAACCAACCUCAUCGUCAACUACUUACCCCAGAAUAUGACCCAAGAGGAAUUCAGGAGUCUCUUUGGGAGCAUUGGUGAAAUAGAAUCCUGUAAACUCGUGAGAGACAAAAUUACAGGACAGAGUUUAGGGUAUGGAUUUGUUAACUAUAUUGAUCCAAAGGAUGCAGAGAAAGCCAUCAACACUUUAAAUGGACUCAGACUCCAGACCAAAACCAUAAAGGUGUCCUACGCCCGUCCAAGCUCGGCCUCAAUCAGGGAUGCUAACCUGUACGUUAGUGGCCUUCCCAAGACCAUGACCCAGAAGGAGCUGGAGCAGCUUUUCUCUCAGUACGGUCGCAUCAUCACCUCACGCAUCCUGGUUGAUCAAGUCACAGGGGUCUCUAGAGGGGUGGGAUUCAUCCGCUUUGAUAAGAGGAUUGAAGCAGAAGAAGCCAUCAAAGGGCUGAAUGGCCAGAAGCCCAGCGGUGCUACAGAACCGAUUACUGUGAAGUUUGCCAACAACCCCAGCCAGAAGUCCAGCCAGGCCCUGCUCUCCCAGCUGUACCAGUCCCCCAACAGGCGAUACCCAGGCCCUCUCCACCACCAGGCUCAAAGAUUCAGGCUGGACAAUUUGCUUAAUAUGGCCUAUGGCGUAAAGAGGUUCUCCCCAAUCACCAUUGACGGGAUGACAAGUCUCGUGGGAAUGAACAUCCCUGGUCACACAGGCACAGGCUGGUGCAUCUUCGUCUAUAACCUGUCCCCUGACUCUGAUGAGAGUGUCCUCUGGCAGCUCUUUGGCCCCUUUGGCGCAGUGAACAACGUCAAGGUCAUCCGUGACUUCAACACCAACAAGUGCAAGGGAUUCGGCUUCGUCACCAUGACCAACUACGAUGAGGCAGCCAUGGCCAUCGCCAGCCUCAAUGGUUAUCGCCUGGGAGACAGAGUGUUGCAAGUUUCCUUUAAAACCAACAAAGCCCACAAGUCCUGA